GUCCGCAGAAGCAUUAUGUCUAGAUGUUCAUUCCCCGAGCGAUAUGUGAGCGAACCUGAAAUAGUCUAAGUAUCAUGAUAGACUGUCCUAUCCCAUCUCAUUCGUAACCGCGCUCUGGCCGCACACAGUACCUUGCAUAUGUAUUCUACUCUUCACCGCUCACACGAGACCGACACACUCUCCUUGUAUACUUGACGGUGGCUGGCACAACCGCGCUUCUAGCAGUGUGUUCAGGAAUCAGAAUGCGCUUCGCAUUCGCGCUCGCUGUGUUUGCCGCGACACUUACCACCACGGUCGCCACCAACCUCUUCUUGAAGCGCCAACAUCUCCCCUCUUGCGCAGAGGCUUGCAUCGAAGGCGCAAACACCAGCGGCUGCAGCGCCAGCGACGAUGAGUGUCUUUGCUCCAGCUCCGCCUUCGUCGACAACAUCAAAUCUUGCGUCCAGAGCAGUUGCUCAGCUAGCGACUUGGCUAAUGCGCAAGAGUACUUCGAGGCUUUUUGUGCGAAAGUAGGUGUAUCGUUGAGCGCAUCUACGUCAGCUACUGUGUCUUCCAGUGUGUCGACAUCUUCCAGCGUCACAGUAUCCAUCUCCGCCAGUAUACCUGCCUCCUCCGAUGUGUCCAAUGCGUCUGCAUGUACGGCUAUGUCAGCGCUCGCCGGCACGUCUGCCUACGCCAGCAGCGGCCCGAGUGUGCCCUCCGCGACGGGUAGCGGCACCUUAUCAUACCCUCCUGCAUCUACACCAUUUUCUGCCAGCGGGGCGACCUCGCACGCCGCCAACACCUUCGCAGGCCUCGCCGCGAUUGGCGCCGUUGUGCUUGCUCUUCGACCGCCCUUCAACCGCGUUCCCUGAUUAGUCUUAGGUGGUCAGUGUGGGUUCUGG